AUGUUCUCUGAAUAUGCGUCUCGCUUCCUAGCUCAGUCUCAAUCACGACUCACCACACGGCCCGAAGAGAACCGCACGAAUGAGCGUGAUCGGAGACCGAACUUCAACUUCUCCAGAUACAAUAAUACCUCACGUUCCUAUAUGAACCGAAAUGGACAUCCGUACCAGUCCGGUUCCUCACAACUACCGCAUCUCCCCUUUGCAUCUCGAGCAUCCGCACAACCUGCACCUCUCUUCUUCAGCGCUACCGACGAGUUUCUCGAAGACGAUGAACAUGAGCGUGAGCGCGAGAUAGCAGACUAUUAUGCAUUGCAGAGGUCACGCCGGAACUUUGGCAAUAUACCUUUAGAAGAAUCCUCCGAGCUUGACGACGCUGAUAACGAGUCUCAGACGUUCCAGAGCAGAGGUGGAAAAGACGGGCCAUAUACGCAAAAGGGUAUCAAGAGCUCAUGGAGGGACGAUAGGCUGCUGCAUUCUCAAAGACGAACAAGGAAUGCCUCACCACCACCUUCGGAUCUGAACGAACGAGAUGAAGAUGAUGAGAGUCAUGGAAGCCCGUUCGGAAAGGGAAAGAUGGUGGAUGUUGGACUUGAUAACCCAACGAGCUCCACAGCUUCGUUUAACAGCACUUCUGACGUUGCAGACGAUGAUGAGGCCCCAAUACAGAAAUUCCGCAGACAACCCGAAGCUCAGAGUGAUUACAUAGACGGCCCUAGUGAUUCGUUAGUCCGGGAUAGUGAUAAGCAAGGCCUGCUCCAAGGACGCCCACCAAGUUCGGGAGCUUCGUCAAUUCAUAAUACUAUGGAUCAACCCCCGGGCUCAGAACGUCCUACUCACGAUGCGUUUUGGGGUCAUCUUUUCCUUAUAUGUCUCAUCGGCUUAUUCGCGACUGCAUUUCUCGUAUGGUUGCAUACAGCACCGCCAUCAGAUGGUAGAUGGAAGUUGGUGGACACAAUCUAUACCACCAUCCACAAGUCCUACUUUCUGCUUGGUAUCUACACACUCGUCUCCAUCCUCAUAUCCCUUCUAUGGCUCGCACUGUUACGGUCUUACGUUCGAUUCCUUGUUCACGGAAUGAUCAUCGCUGUCCCGAUCAUUCUGUAUUCCUUUUCAUUGUACCCAUUCAUCUCCAGUUUCCGUGGUUCCUGGCACGGCAAAACUUUCCAGGAUCAUGUCAUGCGAUGGGGUUCAAUUAUUCCCUUUAUCUUGGCCACACUCUGGAUAUAUGCUAUUGUACGAAAUCGGCACUCAACAGGGAAGGCGAUUAGCAUAUUGGAGUUUGCAUGUCGUGUGUUGGCCUCAAACCCAGCUCUUCUCGCCCUUGGUCUGGGAAUUCUCGUCGUUACCGUCUCAUGGACCUGGUUAUGGAUGAUUAUGUUUACACGAAUCUUUUUGGGUGGAUCGAUUCGCUCAGAUAACUCCUUUGUCAUAAGCAUCAGUAGCUGGUGGCUGGGUGCUUAUUUCAUUCUGGUCUAUCUAUGGUCCCUUGGUGUCAUUGCGGGUAUUCAGCGAUCUGUGACGGCAGCCACAGUGAGCCAGUGGUACUUCCAUCGUUUGGCUCUUCCAGCACCCACAUCUGCACAAAUUGUGAGAGCUGCCAUGUCUCAUGCCCUGACAACCCUUUUCGGAUCAAUAUCACUGUUUUCUCUCAUAGUCCUACUCCUCAGACUCCCUCUUUUGGUCUUGCCCAAACGCAUUGCUUCAGUCAUUGCGCUAUUUGCCUAUUCCCUCAUUCCCUCGCCUAUCGCAGCUCUCGUCAACCCUUUAACUCUGACGUAUGCUGCAAUUCACUCCCAACCGCUUGCCCAAUCAGCCCGUGGUUUCACACAGAUGGCAGUAUUUUCCAGCUUCAGUACAACUGGUGGUCUAUACGCCCCGUCGUCAAUAUCUCGCGGCGGUUCCAACGCUAAUUCCUUGAUAUCCUACCGUCUCUCAAAAAUGAUCCUACACGCCUGCCGAUUUGCAAUGUCCCUUGCCCUCGGAUUCGGCGGUUGGGUCACAGCAGCCCGCAACCUGGACGUGUCCGGCGGCAACAGCACCAUCCGCGGUAGUCUGUACGCAUACAUCAUCGGUCUGAUUGCAGGCACAAUCGGGUGGGGUGUUCUGGGAUCAAUGGAAAAUGUGCUAGCAUGCGUCGUGGAUUCUGCAUUGGUCUGCUGGGCAAGCGAAGUUGGUAACUCGGGACGUGAGGCCACGUAUUGUCGAGAGGCAGAGUGGCUGUUUAGAGAUGAUGUUUUUGCGGCGGUUUCGGGUGACAAUAGAUGGAAUAGGGCUUGA